AUGCAACGGCAUGAUGCUGUUAGGGCACUUGAAAUUUAUCGGAAGGCAGGAGAUCAGGCAGUGAGGUUAUCCGAGUUCUUUGAGAUCUGCAGGGAUUGUUUAGUUUCAAAGAAUUCUUCGUCUUCUAAUCUUUUUGACUUUGCCUCUUCUGCUUCUGCCUCUUCUCCUUCUUCUAACCAAGAGAUCUUCCAAAAGACUCCCACCAGCAACAUUCUUGUUAAUAAGCAACCAGCAUCGUUGCGGAGGCUAUGUGGCGAGAGGAAUAUCUUGGAGCUGACCGGUGAGGAUCACCGCCGCAUGAGGGCGGCGCUUGUAUCGUUUUUAAAGCCGGAGGUGCUGAGGCAGUAUGUUGGGAAGAUGGAUGAAGAAGUAAGAAUGCACCUCCAAAUGCACUGGCAUGACAAACAGCAGGUCAAGGUAUGUCAGUUAUUGCCAUUGGUGAGAAAAAAAAUACUAUAG